AUGGCACGUCUCUUCCUCCAAGUACUACUUGCUGCCGCGAGUCUCGUCGCUGGUCAAAGCACAACAUGUCCAAAUGAGGUUGCUAUCUACAAUCAGCAAGACCGUACCAUGAGCACGAUUAGCAGUUGGUUCCUAGUUCCUGUCCCGAAGGACGCUGUGAAGAAGGCUCUAAAGGAAUCGUUCUCGAGUUUGGUCAACCUACAAGGACUGAACCUGCUAUCUCUCCCGGCAGAACUGAACUUCCCGGCUGGCAUGCACCCCGUCAUUGUCAAUGCUGGAGCAAAUACCGACAUCCGUCAGGGUGGUCUCCAGCUUGCCACAGGGUUGAUGACUGCCAGCUCCAUGAUACCAUAUGUCGGCAUCGGCAACUCCCAGACGCCACUCAAUGCACCGCUUGUAUCUCUCCUGGCAGGCGUAGACCCGGUGACGCAAGGCUAUGUAUUCGGUCUCAUACCUUCUCUGGUUGCGACCAUAGGCGGCCUUCUCACUAGGAUCGGCGCUUUCCUCCCACUAAACGCACCGCUCCAGACAUACAGCGACGGCUCUUUCGGCAUCAAUUCAAAGUGGGCACAACUACCCAACUCUCUUAGCGGCCCAGGUCUGUACGCCGAGGCUAUUGAUCUCAAGUUCGUCAGCGAGCCCAAUCAAGCCAUGCCCAAGUACUCUCUCGAUAUGUGGAAGAGCAUGUUGAACCAACCUCUCAUGCUCGGCAGCGUUGGUAGCCUCCUUACCCCCAAGUGCCAGCGCAACACCCAGUUUUUCAAUAACGCCACGGCACAACCGACUUUCCGCUCUGGUAACGUAACGCUAGGUCCUUCGGCAGGUGUUGAUGUACUCACUGCUACUUUACAAAAGGCCAGUCCGGAUGGUUCGGGCUUUUACCAGAAAGUUUAUGGCUUCACUGCCUGUGCGCAGACCGUAGGCUAUGGCGCUGUUAUUCCGCUAGGGGAGGACUGUGAGGAGGCUGCGCAGGCUGUUAAGAACACCCCUGGAGCCUUGUGA